CGCAGCCUCCUUAUCUGGAAGCGCAAAGGGUGAACGGUGUAGGCGCGUGCCUGGCGGAGCCAUGUUUGUGGCGCGCAGCAUUGCAGCGGAUCAUAAGGAUCUCAUCCAUGAUGUCUCCUUCGACUUCCACGGGCGGCGGAUGGCGACCUGCUCCAGUGACCAGAGCGUCAAGGUCUGGGAUAAAAGUGAAAAUGGGGAUUGGCAUUGUACUGCUAGCUGGAAGACACAUAGUGGAUCUGUGUGGCGUGUGACAUGGGCCCAUCCUGAAUUUGGACAGGUUUUGGCUUCUUGUUCUUUUGACCGAACAGCUGCUGUAUGGGAAGAAAUCGUAGGAGAAUCAAAUGAUAAACUUCGAGGACAGAGUCACUGGGUUAAGAGGACAACUCUAGUGGAUAGCAGAACAUCAGUUACUGAUGUGAAAUUUGCUCCCAAGCAUAUGGGUCUUAUGUUAGCAACCUGUUCAGCCGAUGGUAUAGUAAGAAUAUACGAGGCACCAGAUGUUAUGAAUCUUAGUCAGUGGUCUCUGCAGCAUGAGAUCUCAUGUAAGCUAAGCUGUAGUUGUAUUUCUUGGAACCCUUCAAGCUCUCGUGCUCAUUCCCCCAUGAUAGCUGUAGGAAGUGAUGAUAGUAGUCCAAAUGCAAUGGCCAAGGUUCAGAUCUUUGAAUAUAAUGAAAACACCAGAAAAUAUGCAAAAGCAGAAACUCUUAUGACAGUCACCGAUCCUGUACAUGAUAUUGCAUUUGCUCCAAAUUUGGGAAGGUCGUUCCACAUUCUAGCUGUAGCAACCAAAGAUGUAAGGAUUUUUACAUUGAAACCUGUGAGAAAAGAGCUUACUUCCUCUGGUGGACCAACAAAAUUUGAAAUCCAUAUAGUGGCUCAAUUUGAUAAUCACAAUUCUCAAGUCUGGCGAGUGAGUUGGAAUAUAACGGGGACAGUACUAGCGUCUUCAGGGGAUGAUGGCUGUGUAAGAUUGUGGAAAGCUAAUUAUAUGGACAAUUGGAAGUGUACUGGGAUUUUGAAAGGUAAUGGGAGCCCAGUCAGUGGAAAUUCUCAGCAGGGAAACUCAAAUCCUUCCUUAGGCUCAAAUAUCCCAAAUCUACAAAAUUCAUUAAAUGGAUCUUCUGCUGGCAGAAAGCACAGCUGAGUACAAGCUAACUGGAGUAACUUUGCUGUUUUGCUGCUUGUUGCAUGCACACAGGAAUGGAAAGCGAACUCCUUUUCCCCUUUCCCAGCGUCGUUUGAUCUCUCCCAAGAUGCACCAGCAGCCUCCUUACUACUAAAUGCAGUCAAAUGGCCUUUAAAAAAUAGAGUGUAUAUCAUUUUUUUGUGCUAGCCAGCUUAUUGACACUAUCUGAAACUUUUAAAAUAUAAAUGGAGAGGCUUUUUGUUAAGACGUUGUCACUGAAACAGUUUUUUGAAAUGUUCCUGAAACUAACAUGGGUUUAAAAAUUAAAAGGAUUGUUAACAUCCUUACAAGUAGUUGGGAAGAGGGAAGAUAUCACUUUAUAACAUUUGGAGAAUAUAGAUUUUUUUUCUUUGUUUUCUAAAAUAGUAAGCUAAAAUGAAUUUUUAUAAUUUUAAUUUGAAGAUUGACUGAUCUUCAUAAAGAUUAUAUGGAGUGCUAAUUUGUUUACCCUUUGUAGAAUUGGUUUGUACAUAUCACUUAGUACAACUUUGUCAUUUCUUUGUGAUAUUUAACAAAUAUUAGUAAAGGAGUGAGAGAAGCAGUAGUAGUGAAAUGAAAGUAAUUUGUAUAGCUUAUAGCCAUGUUAAGCAUUUGGUAUUGUUUCAUUUGUAAAUUGAUAGUAAAAUGAAAACACCUUUGUAAGUUUUUUAUUAGUAUUCACUAAGGGGUUAAAUGUUUCUGAUUUGUGCUUGUACAUUUUAUGGUGUGAUUACACGGCUUAAGCUUUCCUCAAAGUGAAGAUUUGACAACAUACUGUAAUUUGAGAAGCAGUUAAAAUUUUGCUAAAAUUGUGCAUGUCCUAGGGUUUUCUUAAUUUAGUGGAUUGUUUCAGUUAGUUUAUAUCCUCUAGAGCUCUGACCUUGAUAACAAAACUAUAAAUCUUUUAAGUGUCUUAAAAUGCAUAAAUAUUACUGGUAAGAUAAAAUGGCAGAAGAAUAACAAUAUGACAUAAUUCUUGAGCCUUUUACUUAUCAAAAUUCUGUAGUGAUUCUAAGGUUUUUGCAGAAAAACAACUAUGUUCAUUGAUUGUAUUUCUUUAAAAGUAUGUUCUAAUAGCUAGCCAUAUUAAUGUGAAAGUGUAUUUUAAUUGGUUCUCAGUAUCAUGUAUGCACUAAAUGUGGUCUGCUGCUACUACAAAUGAAGCAUUGCUGAAAGUAGGGGGGAGAAAAGCUUACUAGAUUUGUAAAUUUACAGGAUAGCAUCAAAUAUGUUUUUGACAGAUUAGAAAAUGUUUUAAAUUUAUAAAAUUAAUGUCUUUAUAAAAUUCAUACUGAUAAUUUUUAAAAACAUUUUAAAUUUAACAGAUUGUAUUUAUUUUAAGUUUCUAUACUUGCUUAAGCAAUCUUGAUUUGAGUAAGGGUCUUGAUUGUUGCUAUUAUGUUCUGUUAAUUUUGGCAUGGAUA